AAUUGUUUGCUAAUUUUUUCUGUAAUAGGUACAUGUAGGAUGUAUAAAAUAAUAAUGGAAAAGCAAAGAAUAUUAUAAUCAGUAUUCACAGAGCACAAACGUUUAAUAAUUAUAUUACAAGUCUAAAUAUUGAAAUCAUAAGAAAUAAUCAGCUAUAAAAAAAUCCAAGUUGUAAACAAUACGUAAAAAUUGUUGAUGGUUAUGUUCAAUGUGUAAACAUAGUGAUUAUAUUCUCUUUUGAUAUGUUUUUGAUCAGUUCUAAGUUUGCUAUCCAAGUGCCUGCAGUUUUCAAGCAUUUCGCAAAAAACACUAGCACUGCAAUCACCAUGAGCAGUCCAACAGUGACAAUAAAACAAGGCAAACUGGUUGGCUCAGUAAAGAAGCUGAAUGAUGGUUCUCCAUACUACAGUUUCAAGGGAAUCCCGUAUGCUCAGCCUCCUGUCGGCAAACUCCGGUUCAUGGCACCCCAACCGCCGAAACCUUGGAAUGGCACCUACAAAGCUAUCGAACAUGGCCCAGUAUGUCCACAGGUUGAUAUAAUAACAGGCCAAUUUCAAGAAGGGAGUGAGGACUGCUUAUUUCUAAAUGUUUACACAAAGUCAUUGGUACGAGACUCUAAAAUGCCUGUAAUGGUGUUUUUCCAUGGUGGAGCUUACAUGUCUGGGUCGGGGGACACUUCUAUGUAUGGACCAGAGUUCUUGAUACAACAUAAUGUUAUACUAGUGACAAUUAACUAUAGACUGGAAGUUUUGGGCUAUCUGUGCUUAGAUUCUCCAGAAGUUCCUGGGAAUGCUGGUAUGAAGGACCAAGUUGCUGCACUGCGUUGGGUUCAAAGCAAUAUAGAGCAAUUCGGUGGAGAUCCUGACAACGUUACGAUAUUUGGAGAAAGUGCUGGGGCAGCAGCAGUGACGUUCCAUAUGUUUUCACCAAUGUCUACAGGGUUAUUUCAUAAAGCAAUAGCUCAAAGUGGAGUGUGUAUAUCAGAUUGGGCGCAAGGCAAGAACGGCAAAGAAAGGGCCAUAAGAGCAGCUAAGUUUUUAGGGAAAGAUAGUGAGAACUCAAAUGAAUUGUUGCAUUUCUUUCAGAAUACAACAGUUGACAAAUUAGUUAAAUUAACAUUUAAAACAAUGACGUAUGAUGAAAAGCAUCGGGGACUACCGAUCCAUUUUGCUCCAGUUGUUGAAAAGCAAUUCCAAAAUACUGAAGCUUUUCUCACAGAAGAGCCAAUGAAAUUAUUAUUAGCUGGAAAAAUUAACAAAGUUCCUUUUAUAGUUGGAUAUAAUUCCGCCGAAGGUCUCACAGUUGCAAAAAAUCAAGUUAAAAAAUUGGAUUUUCUAAAUAAAAACCCCUCUUUUUUUGUGCCUAGAGAAAUAGCUGAAAAAGUUGCAGUAAAUAUCCUAACAGAUUUUGGUAACAGAAUAAAAAGAUUUUACGCGGGAAAUCGUGACAUAACCGAAAAUGAUAUAGAUAUAUUGUCCGACAUUAAUUCUGACAUGCAUUUCGUAUAUAAUUGUCAUAGAUUUUGUCAUUUUUACGCGAAUUUGUUUAAAUCUAUUUACUUUUAUAGAUUUGAUUGUGUUACUGACUUGAAUAUAUUUAAACAAAUGUUAGGGUAUACAGAUUAUAAAGGUGCUAGUCAUGUUGAUGAGUUGUUCUAUUUAUUCAACAAUGCAAUGAACAAGGACUGUUAUGAAGAGCAGGAAAAGUUGAGAGUUUUAAUUAACACUAUCACUAAAUUAUGGGCCGAUUUUGCUAAAACCAGCAACCCUACACCAGACAGUACAAAAUGGCUUCCUUACACAGUGAACGGAAGAGAAUUUAUGAGCAUAAAUGAAGAAAUGUCAAUGAGCACAUAUGCAGAGCGGGAGCGCAUCGAAUUCUGGAACAAACUGUACAAAGAAUCAGGGUUACCAUAUAUAACUAAAAGUAGUUUAUGAAUAUGGGAAAAUUAAAUAGACUGUAAGCGGCCUUAAUAUGAAUAACAAGACUCAAAAGUGACUUGUGGGUUAGCCUAAUAGAAAAAUAUAUUGACAAUUACAUUUACCAUUGCAGCCUAUUAAAGUCACUGCUGACCGUAGGCCUAACGCAUAGAUUGGCCUCAUAGGAAGGAUUUUGCCAUAGUUGCCACGCUUGGCAAGCGGGCUGGCAACUGCAGCUUUUUAUUUUUAGUUGUUAUUAGGAAUAUACUGUUGAUCGCAUCUCCUGAUUUGUUUCCCUCUGUCGUCUCUUACGACAUCCACGUGAUUAUAUGGUGUAGUGGAUUUCUUACACCGCAACGACAUGGUAAAAGUGACACUUAACAUAGACAUAUUAUGUCAUUCCCAUUCAUUAUUACAGUUUCCUAUUAUUGCCUGCCUCGGUCUACGGUUGUAAGUGGUCCGUUAAUUAUGAAAUAUUAAUAUUAAAUAUGAAAUAUUAAACUUAUGAAUAAAUGCCAAAGACUCAUAUGAUAUUUCAGGUCUUAACUUAUAUCUAAUAUGAUAAUAGCAAAUAAUUCACUCAACUCGCUCCAAAUAGAUUACGAGUUUGGGGCGUGACUCCCAGUGUCAAUCCGGUUAUUUAACGUGGCGUAUAGCCAUGCUAAACGAUACUGUGAUUUAUCGGUGAAUGGAGCGGUAUACUCCAUGAUAUUCCACCGCCUAUCACGACCGUAAUUAAAUACGUGGUUGCGAGUAUCAUGCCAUGGUCCAGGUACGUUCGCGUAAUCCCCAAAGGAAUAAACGCAAUAAGGACGCCUAUUUCCAAUCUGAUCCUUUCGAACCCUAUAGGAUAGGAUCAAUGCUGCGAGCACUUGACGUGCGUCAGUCUCUGCAGCUGUCACCACUUGGUUAUUCUGACUCUCGGCAUAGAACACAUUCGGAGAUGUGUCUUGUUCAAUCGGUUCAACGACGGUCCAUUAAACCUGAGCGAGAGCUCCUUCCGCAUUUUUCUCCACUUGCGGGAGGAUCUUGAUUUUCUCCUCUGUCUUAGUGAGUGCUAGGGAGACCUUCUCAAACAGCUCGGUAUUAUACUGGAAUUGUGGGAAUUUGACAGGAAACACGUCUUCCAUAAUGUUAGCGCUUUCUAAGAAAGCAACCUGAUCAUUAGUUAAUGUAGAAGCCAUUGCCCAACCUAAACAGUUACGGGUUGGCAUUCCUGCACCUUCCUCAGCCGGACGUAAAUCUUCUGGAAGAUUCCACUCUCUAACUCCUGGAGCAGCGGUUAUCGUGAGAUCUUCUUGUAUACGUACGUCUUCUGCACACAACUGGACAAGGUAGUGAUAUAUACAUCCAAUGUGUUUCUGCUGUCACUCGUUUAAAAUGACCAUUUUGAUUAGGCCAUGCAGGCAUUCGCAGCUUAUAACGGACAGAUGAACUGUCGACUAUAUUACCGAGGGCCUUAUAUAAGCCUCAAUCGGUGCUGGAGGCUGGUGGAUUACCUGACAAAAUCUGUGCAGCGUAAGAGUCCUCUGCAUAUGUAGAGUCCCCUUCCUCCUGUCUGAGACUGAUCAAACCGGCGUAUAAGCCCUGAAUGCAAUAGUAAACCCAUGCAGCUUUCGACACGGUCUUUGCAAAAUAAGGUUGUUGAGUAGCGAUGACAUCGUACUCCUUCUCGCAUAAGGGAAUGAAACCCUCAGCGGUGAUUGCAAACUAGUUCAUCCUGCAAUAGGGUGCAACACCCGGAAACCCCAUCAUAUCAAUAUCGGAGAACAUUGGUUCGUCCUUUGGCUUUGUUGAUGUCGUAGAUAAUUUGGUGGGUCUUGGACCGGUAGAAUUCGGAUCACGCGGCGGUAACGGUGGAGCUGCUGCGUUCUCAGAACCUUUGGAACAUUUUCCAAAGAUCUUAGUUCGCUGCCUACUCUGUACACCUUGAGCUGGCGUUGACCUACUCUCAUUUAUGUCGCGAGAUGCGCUUUGAUCGUCAGUGGUAUUCGCCAUCGUGGCAAGUCCGCAAAUACUGUAAAAGAAUUUGGGUCUGUUGAUUAUGUGAUACUGGGUUAGGCCAAGAUUAGUUAUUGCGUUUUUCCUUUGAAGUGUUUAAUUAUAUGUGCGAUUAAAGAAGAUUGUUUGAAAUGACAAGACACUGAGACGGACGACAUAAUUUAUUAAGCAGAUGGACAAUGGACCAAUUUUUAUGUGGUAGAGCCAAGCUGCAGCUAUAUUUAUAGUACAGUUGUAGCACGAAUGGGUCGGCUCGACCGGGGAAGGAUCGCGCUCUCACAGGAUACCAGCGUAAAAUAGCAGCUUCAUGCUGCUGUGUUUCGUACGGUGAGUGUACAGAACCGGAAACCCUUUUUUCUGGAAAAGAGGCAUUCCAUCUUAGUCCUCAAGGUUGACAACGCAUCUGCAUUUUGAUUCGCAAACGAGGAUUGAUGUAGAUGUCUAUGGGCCUCAGCAACCACUUAACAUCAGGUGGACUGUGUACUCGUUUGUCACCCUAUUUCUAU